CAAGUCAGCAAAGAAAGAAACGGCUAAAAAAAUCAUCAGCCAUGGAUUCUUCUCUCAAGAACCCUAACUACGGCCAAUGGCUACCUCCUUCCGCUCCUUUUCCGCCGAUACCUCCACCGCCACCGCAUAUCUCUCACCAAUUUCAUUUUGAAAGCCUUAAUAAUGGUUACGAUCGUCACCAUCACAAUUACCACAACUAUACGCACCGCCAAGAUUUUCCUCCGCAAUAUGCGGUUAAUCAGCCGCCUUCGUACUACUCCCAGCCACAGCCGCAAGCGCAACCGCCGGCGCUGCAUGUUAGUUAUGAGCCUCCUUGGAAUUUCUCGCACCAGUCUCGUAAUUUCUCGUGUACGGACUCCAGGAAUUUCGCCCAUUCUCAUUGGUUUGGAUACAUGGAACGUAACUAUCAAUUAGACUACUGCGGGAAUCGAACUAGGGAUUGUUUCAACACUCGUGAUUUGGAUGGUUAUUCUAGGUCAAGGGAUGGAUUCUGCAGUCUUGGAUACGCAAUAAAUGACUUUGGGGAAAAUUAUCGAGAUAGUUGGCGGUUUAAAUCGGAUUCUGAUAGAUAUUGUACUUCUUUAGGUUCAGGAACAAGUUUUGCUUAUGGAUAUGAUAGAUAUGGGGAUACAUUGCGUCGUGGUUCCAUUACACACGGAACAGUAAACCAGACAUGUGUUAAGGGUAGAGAGAAUGAUAGGUCUCGACGCACAACUCAUUUCAGUGAGAAGCAAUCAGUGAACCCAAAGGUAAUUAGUUAUACUGCUGGAGAAGUUAUUCUGCCUCAAGGAGGGGUUCCUUUUUCUAGCAAGUCCAUGUCUAGUUUACAAUCCCAACCUUGUGAAGAUGAGAUACCUAAGAAAGAUAUGGAUGAUCUAUCAUCAAGCAAUUUUAUGCAGGAGGUAAAUGAUAACUGCUUCGCUGUUGAGACGAGUACCGCUACCAGGGUUGAUUCUCUUGAUCGAACUGUUGUUUCACAGGCUGAAACUAAAACCUUUUCUCAAAGUAAAGCCUUUGAAAAUGAAUCAGUUGAGACUGUCAGCAGGCAAGAAUCCAUGGAAAUUACGCCUCUUAAUAGCACUGCAGAAGUCUAUCACAAUCUGGAUAGUGACGCAGGUAAGCACACUUGUAUAAUUAGCAGCUCUUCAUCUCCUAAGAAUGUUGCAGGAAAGGGAUCAUCGAAGGUGCUGCCCGUGGAGGGAACUUCUGUAUUGUUGCGCAGCAUUUAUAACAAUAAGGAAGGUUGGACUGAUGGGUUCAACAGAGGAUUAUCAUCUGCUACUUAUUUGGAAGAUGUAUGUCUUGCACUUGAUCAUGAUCUGGGUUUGAGUUCCCAUGAUCCUGCAGAAAUUCCAUCGGUGGAUCAAUCUUGUAAGAUAGAUUGUGGAGGCUUGAAAGCUUGUUUAUUUCAGUCAGAUGUUUCUCUUAGCAAAGAUACUAAUGUUGGUGGAAGUGAAUUCCAUUUGAAGGCCACUACUACUCGUGAUUGCUCGCCUGUAUCGGAAAUUGAAAAUAGUGUUACAAUUGGAUAUAUGGGCAGUUCUGGCACUGAAAUGGUUACUGAUUCGGAAUGUGCCCUCCUUGAAACUCAAUCAUUUUCAGCAGGAUGUAAGGUCUUGGCUAAUAACCAUUUAGGAUGUGGAUCAUCAGAUGUUAUGGGUUCCUUCUGGAUGUCCUCUGUGGAUAAAGAUCUGGUAAUUGAUCCUUUGAGGAUGUGUUUGGGGCCUGAUAGUUCUGUCAGUACGCGUCAUCUUUCUCCCUCUGUUUCUGUGAAUGAGCAGGUAAAAAAUUCUGCAUCAUCAGUCAAAGCGAAUUGUAGUUCUCAUUGUGACAGUAUAGAAGAAGAACGGGGAAGAGCUGAAAACAUGGAUGUAGACAUUCAAGAAGAGAAAGUAAAGAUUACUGGUGAAGCUUUACAGUGCAGGACUUUAGGGACUGAUUUUGUAACAGUUAUCGGGGAUGCAAUGUUUCUAUCCGGUUCUUCAUCCAGUUUACCAGGGCUACUCACUGGGAAGAUACAGAAUGAAACUCAUGCUGUUGCUAAGAUUGACAAAACUAACAAUAGCUACAACUUCGUAGAUGCUUCACAAGAGCAAACCAUUACUUUCCAUGAGACAGCCCAGUCAGGUAGCUCUCUGGGGCAUUAUCUUUGCUCUGGUCAAACUUCACCUGGUUCAGAUACUGAAUCCUGUAAACUCCCUAUGGACAAGUAUGGAGAUGGAGGGUUAGUUGAAAAGACAGAUGGUGAACCAGUAGAGAACAUCACUGAUGUACCAUAUGAUAUUGCCUCUCAAGAAGUCUCACUAAAUAUUAUUAACACUGAUGUCUAUGUUGGUGAAGCACUGUCAUUUGAUGGAAAAGUUUCUGGAAAUGAGUGUCCUAGUAAUUCAGACGUGCUUCUAUCCAGAUUACGCUCAUAUACAGAUGAAAAAUGUGAAGUUUCCCAUGUCAAUGAUUAUGUAGUUGAUAUACCACCCCCAGAUUCCCAAAGUGAGACACCUGUGAGCUCCAUAAGUGAGAAAACACAAAAGAGGGCAAAUAAAUGUAUCCAUGCUGCUCAGAAAAGUUAUCCACUACAUGACAUUAAGGAGGAUGCAAGCCCUCCAAUUAGUGUCACUAAUCAUCACACAUGGGAUCGAAAGUCCACUACUGCGGCCUCCCCUCUGGUAGCUGUCAAGCCCAAAGUGACUGUCCAAUCCAGUAGUACUUAUGUACGUAAAGGAAAUAGUCUUCUUCGGAAACCAUCUCCUGGUUCUCUAGGAGACACACUACCUCUGCUAAUUCACUCAAUGCCUCCCUCAGACAGUACUUCUUCAGGGAAAUGUGCAUUAUCUCCUGGCAUGGAUCCGCCUGCCAAUGGUCUACCUGGAUCAUCAAAUCCGCCAAAGUUGGAAUCUUUAAAUCCGAGUAAAAUUUUAUAUGUUAAGAGGAAAGCAAAUCAGUUUGUAUCAGCUUCAGAUAUGCGUGGUGCAAGUAAUAGCAGGAUUCCUCCCUGUGGUGGCUACUUCAAGAGAAGUAAAAGUCAACUAGUUAGGAAUUCAAAGAGCCUAGCUAAUCAGGAGAAAUUUUUAUCUGAUGAAGCUUCAACUUCACAGACAGCUGCGAAGAUGGUGUCAAAAAGAUCCUCUAGCUUGGCGCUUUCUGAAUUUGAACCAAUAUCAAGAAAGGCCAAUAGAGUUCACAUAAGCCUUCAGAAGAUGGUCCCGCAGCCAGUUUCUUGGAAAAGAUCGACUUACUGGAGAAGAUUAAUGAAUCCAGCCUCGGUUCUGCUAAAUGGUUCUUUUUCCAUCGCCAGUCGAAAAUUGCGGAUGAUGAGAAAAAGACAUACAAUUUACACAAGAUCAACUAAUGGGUGUUCGCUUACAAAGUCCAAAGUGUUAAGUAUUGGUGGGUCACACUUCAAGUGGUCCAAGUCCAUUGAGAGAGGCUCGAAGAAACCUGAAUAUCUGUCAGAUAUUGAUUCAUCGCGCUCUUGCCCUUCUGAAUCUAUGAAGGAUACAAAGAUAUCAUCUAAUCCAAAGAGAUUAGUGAUCAAAAAUGAUAAAUCUGUUUGGAUUAGAAAUUGUAAUCAGCUUGCCAGAGAUCCAAAGAAACGAACUUGUGUGUUGACAAAUGAGAAGGUCAGAUGGAGCCUGAACAAUAUCCGGUUGCGAGUGGCUAAAAAGAUGAAGUACUGCCAGUUUUUCACAAGAUUUGGGAAAUGCAACAAAGAUGAUGGAAAUUGUCCAUAUGUUCAUGAUCCUUCAAAAAUUGCAGUUUGCACAAAAUUCCUGAGUGGAUUGUGUGCCAAUCCAGAGUGCAAAUUAACUCAUAAGGUGGUUCCAGAGAGUAUGCCUGAUUGUUAUUAUUUUCUGCAAGGACUAUGCAAUAACGAGCCGUGUCCAUAUAGGCAUGUGCAUGUUCAUCAAAAUGCUGCAAUAUGUGAAGGGUUUCUAAGGGGCCACUGUGCAGAUGGAAAUGAGUGUCGGAAGAAGCACACAUACACCUGCCCAGUUUUCGAAGCCACAGGAUCUUGUCGUCAAGGGUCUGAAUGCAAACUCCACCACCCCAAGAACCUAAGCAAAGGAAAGAAAAGGAAAAGAGCAAGUGAACCAUGGCACAAAAAUGUCAGUGGGCGUUACUUUGGUUCCCCGCACAAACAUCUUCCAGAGUCUGAGCCAAUGUUUAUCAACGAGCUUGCUCCUGACAGUGAAGUUUUAGGAAGUGAAGCCCUUGACUUUAUUAGACUUGAUAUUAAUGAGCACGAAGCCAGUGAGAGCAUGGAUUCAAGCAUUGAGGAAUCAGUAUCUGAUGAUAGUAAUGCGCAGGAUUCAAUAGACGAGCUAAUCAGACCAGUGGGAUUAAUGCAAAGGUAAUGUUCUUAUGCUGAGUCUGGUAGGUUCUGUUUCUCUAAUGCCUGAUGGGCAAAACUCAGUGAUGUAGGUAGGGUAAUACGUCUCUAGUGACCAGUGUGUAUAUAGUAUAAUACAAGUUGCUUUCUGGGGAGAAACACAAUGAUGUAGAUAUUUUUGUGUUAAAAGACCCAUAAAUGAAAUCUUGGCUUUUUG